GCGUGUGGGCGAGUCAGGAUUGCAGGCCGUCCCGCGCCACGGCACUUCACAGUUUAGAGUGCCUCCCGCCCCUGAUCUCAUUGGAGCAGUGGCCACAGCCCUGCCCAUGGCCACCGAUGCCCCCAUUUCCCACAUGAAGAAACCGAGGCUCGGAGCAGCGACGGGGCCCUCGGAAGGCCGCCCCGGCAGCGGGUGGCGGCGACACUAGACGCGGACCCCCCAGCGGCCCGGUGGGCUCCCAGGUUCCUCCCCGACCUUCCCCUCUCCGCGCCUCCCCGGGCUGCGCCCGCCUCCCCGCCGCCGCCGCCGCGCGGGGCUCCCGGACGCAGGCUCGGGCUUUUCCUUUUAUUCUGUCAGGCGGGCACGCCCCCGGCACCCCCGCCGGGCACCAUGGACUGGAAGACGCUCCAGGCCCUCCUGAGCGGCGUGAACAAGUACUCCACGGCGUUCGGGCGCAUCUGGCUGUCGGUGGUGUUUGUCUUCCGCGUGCUGGUGUACGUGGUGGCCGCAGAGCGCGUGUGGGGGGACGAGCAGAAGGACUUUGACUGCAACACCAAGCAGCCGGGCUGCACCAAUGUCUGCUACGACAACUUCUUCCCCAUUUCCAACAUCCGCCUCUGGGCCCUGCAGCUCAUCUUCGUCACGUGCCCCUCGCUGCUGGUCAUCCUGCACGUGGCCUACCGCGAGGAGCGCGAGCGCCGCCACCGCCAGAAGCACGGGGACCAGUGCGCCAAGCUGUACGCCAACGCGGGCAAGAAGCAUGGCGGCCUGUGGUGGACCUACUUGUUCAGCCUCAUCUUCAAGCUCGUCAUCGAGUUCCUCUUCCUGUACGUGCUGCACACUCUCUGGCACGGCUUUGGCAUGCCGCGCCUGGUGCAGUGUGCUCACGUGGCGCCCUGCCCCAAUGUCGUGGACUGCUACAUCGCCCGGCCCACCGAGAAGAAGAUCUUCACCUACUUCAUGGUGGGGGCCUCUGCGGUCUGCAUCGUGCUCACCAUCUGCGAGAUCUGCUACCUUAUCUUCCACAGGGUCCUGCGGGACAUGAACAAGAACAAGUCCCCCAAAAGCCGCAGCCUCCCAUCCUCCACCAGCCGGGCCUCCACCUGCCGCUGCCACCACAAGCUGGUGGAGGCCGGGGAGCUGGGCUCCGACUCUGGUGACGACAAGAGGCACGCGUCAGCGCCCACCAUGACCCCCAUCUGACCACAGGCUGGGGAGCGGCCCUGGGGCUCCCACUGGGGACAGGUGGGGCAGGACUGCACUGGUGGAGGGGUCCGACAGGUGCUGGGUGCCUCCCCCUUUGAAUUCCCUAAUCUAUCCAAUUGCAUUUCUGGCAGGCUUCCUGAGCACUGGGCACUGUGCUGUCUGCCUGGGUGUAAGUCUCCUACCCCAGAGCCGGCCAGCCCUGGGGGGGACAGACAUUGAAACAAGCAAAUUAGCUACUGCAUGCAAGGGGACACUGAGGGGGCUUCUACCUAACCCAAGAGGGGGUGCUCAGGCAAGGCUUUGCUGAGGAAGUAAUGUUUGAGAGACGUGGGAAGCACUUCCCAGCAGAGACAACAGCAGGUGCAGAGGCCUGGAGGCCACAAAGAGGGAGACGCUUGCCCUGGUUGGAGGCCCCAGAUCAAAGGGAAUCUCCAUUUCCUUGGAGACUUCUGGGGAGGGAAGGAAGUAGUCUCUAAGCAGUGGGAGGUCUGAGGCCUGAGAGUGAGCUUGUGACGAGGAGCAGGGGGAGGUGACACCAGCCCCUGCCUGAGAUAUGCAGGGAUCCUCCCGGUCCCCACUGCCUUCAGGGGAAGCCCCCCUCUGCCCAAUCCUCCUCCCCGCGGGUUCAGACAGCUUUGCUCCCAUCUUCUCCCCACAAAUGUGCUCAACCUGGUGCCAGCCUCCCAGACCAUGCUCCCAGAGACUAGAGGUAGAUAUUUCUUGAAAUCAAUAAAGGCUGUGUUUUAUA